AUGACAAAAUAUGAUGGAAGUACCGACCCGGGAGCCCAUAUUAUUGAUUUCAACAAAUUAAUGAGGACAAGCCAAGUGAGUAGCGAUCUGAAGUGCAUGUUAUUCCCGAUGACCUUGACAAGAGCAGCAAAAACAUGGUCUCAAAAACGUGAAUGCUCUUCCUUGGGCAAUGUAAAACAACAACUCGGUGAGAGUUUAAAGGCCUAUAUUAAUAGGUUCAACAUCGAAGCGACCAAGGUGAAGAACGUUGAUGACAGUGGGAGACUCAUGGCCUUGGGGGCAGGCAUAACUCAUGGAUCUUUACUAUGGGAUAGCCUCCAAGGGAGAGGUGCCCCCGGUAUUGACGAAUUUAUGAAAAGGGCCCAAAAAUAUAUAAACAUUGAGGAAGCCAGGUUAGCUAACAACCUACCUCUUCCCUCAGGACAACCUGUUUCAGCUACUACAACAACAACUUCCACCAAUCCAAAGGCAACAACUGCCAACCCUCCAGCCACCAAUAACUCUGGGCACAAUAAUAAGAGAAAGGGCGAUAAUGGAGGAGAUCAGAACAAUGCCAAAAAGUGCAAAGGUUAUCAGUCCAUGUUCACAAUAUACUCUGAACUUGUGGAGACACAAGAAACCAUAUAUGUGGCAAACGAACAUCGGGUGGCCUUUCGGAUACCUGAACCCUUGAAAGGAAGUCGUGCGAAGAGAGAUCCAUCCAAGUAUUGCCAAUAUCAUAAAGAAAUUGGCCAUACCGCCAACGAGUGUCGAAACUUGAGGCAUGAGAUAGAGACUCUUAUACGUAAUGGGCCUCUUGCUCAUUAUGCACGCAAUAGGCAAUACAACCAACAGGGAGCGAAUGGGGCACCCGGAAACAGUGCCCCUAACCCACCGGCACAACCACAAGGGGGACAACUGGGACAUAACCCGGACAUUCCUCCACCUGUGGAAGGAGAGGAUGUAUUGGUCAUAUCAGGAGGACCACACUUUGUAGGGGCCACCAAUGGGGCUCAAAAGAGAUAUAUUAAUGAGAUUAAGAACUCAGAUAAGACUCCUUUCACACCAGAACAACGUGCUCCCAAGCAAAGUCGAAUGGAUGACCAAACCAUAACAUUUUCCAAUGAAGAUGCUCAUCAUGUACAAAGUCCGCAUAAUGAUCCACUGGUGAUAACAUCUCAAAUCGCUAAUAGGAGGGUAAGGAGAGUCUUGGUUGAUAACGGUAGUAGCGUGAACUUGUUAUAUAAGAUAACCUUGGAGAAAAUGGGGUUAAGUGUGCAAGACCUACAACCAUGCACUACCAAUUUGGUUGGAUUUAUUGGAGAUAGCGUGGCCAGCACAGGAAGAAUCACUCUCCCAUUGACACUCGGGGAGGCCCGAAAAAUAGUCACCCGGAUGACAGAGUUUGUGGUGGUAGACCUACCAUUUGCCUACAAUGCCAUUUUAGGUAGACCAGCGUUACACACGCUGGGGGCAGUCACAUCGAUCAAGGAUCUGGCCUUAAAGUUUCCAACUGCUAUCGGGAGUGGAAUAGUUAAAGGAUAUCAACUAGCUACACGUGAAUGCUACAAUGUGGCUAUGAGGGGACAAACCUGA